GACCACCACCUUCAACAUCGGCUUCUACCCUCCAGCUUUCAUCCCUCUGCUGCUGGGCUUCGUGAUCACGGCGGUGGAGACGGCCUCGUGCGAUGUCAGUGGCCUGCCCAUCGAGGGCCCAGAUGCCGACUCCCGUAUCCAGGGCGGCCUGCUUGCCGACGGCGUGAACAGCUUCCUGGCCUGCUUGAUGACUUGCCCGCCCAACACGACCUUCUCCCAGAACAACGGCGUGAUCGCCAUCACGCGCUGCGCUUCCCGGGCCGCGGGCAUCGCCUGCUGCUUGUGGCUCAUCCUGCUGGGCUGCUUCGAGAGACUCGGCGCAGCAUGCAAACAUCUCCCAUGCUCAUGCUGUGCUGCGUGA